UAUUCGAAAGUGCAAGAGUUUAUUAUUAUCAUCAAUGUUUCUUGUAGCAUGUUUGAAAAAGUCAUUUGAUUUUUAUUUGAGUUUUGUCUUGGUUUACUCAUACUACUGGAAAGUGGAAGCGUCUCUUUAUUGCAGCAGUUCUUUUAAUUAUAGAAUCUAAUUGGAAAUGGAAGAAAUAGCGACGGCGAAAGUAUUCAGCAAAUUCUUGCAACUCCCUUUCAUAGCCACUACAUUGCGAAACGGAAUUCAGUAAUUGAUUAAAAAUAGUUGUAAAUGUAAUACCACAUUAACGUAGUAUUGGCCCUUAAUGGGUUAAAAUACACGAUUUGAUUGGUGGAGAUAUUGGUCGAGAUAUUCGUUGAAAAAGCAGCUCGAGCUUUAAUCUCGGGUCGCAAGGGCUAUCGAAACGUGGCACUUGUCUCUUUUUGCCACUCGGCUUGGUAAAGUCGAAGGUCUGUUCAGUGCGGAUCGAAGAGUUCCUUCGCGAUUCUCGUCCCGAGCAGAGGUUCUAGAGGAAAAGAGAGAAAAUUAACAAAUAGUGCGAAUAACAGUCUGAUCGAAUCAUCGGAGAGUUGAAGGAAGGAUAUCUGGAGUAAUUUACAGUUGUUGUUUCUACCAUUGUGAUAAGCGAAAUGACCAAAGUGUCAGGAAUGAUAGAGACGGAAGACGCUGUCGGCAAGCCAACUCUGGUACGACGUAUGUCCAAUAUGUUGAAAGAUGGAAGUAACAGUGGACCACCGAUGCUGUUUCGCCAUGCCUCGAUGCAGAAGAUUCGUCAUUGCUGCCAAAAUCUAAAUCUCUUUCCAUAUCUGCUCUACUCCUUCGGUAACUCGAAAUCGCAUCCAGUCGCACGAAAGGUGCACCAUUGCCUUGGCCAGUUCCUUCAGCUCAUCACCGUGAGGAUCUUCUUCUUAUGCAGGAGUUUCCGUCAGUCGCUGCUACACGAUAUUCGUUCGAAGGAGUUUGAAGUAGCGGAGCCAGCAAAGAGCGCCGAAUUUUGCAAGUUGACGCCACGAUUCCGAAUGACCAGGCUACAGAAACGAAAACAAGAUAGCCGCCUGUUCUUGACCCUAGCUGUAUACUUCGCCCCUCUGGUGUUGGUUUUCCAACUGAUCGGACUGGCCAGUGCGAUGGUCUUUGGAAAAUACACGCCCGGUUUCAUUUUUCUAAUCUCCGCCCUGUUGUUCCUCGGAUGCAUCUCGCUCAAGAUUCUCUUCCACGAGAGUGCCGAGGAGAGCCGUAAAAGUGUGAAAAUCAAAAUGGAAUGAUCAUGUUCCGGCUGUCGUUGCCUAUCUCAGCCAUUACUCUGCGAUCAGACUGUUUAUCAGAUAAUAGACCAGAGAGUAUUGAGAGUCUUGGUCUCUUUUACAGUUCCCCAUUGUCGCAUUUGAUUACUUAAACGACGCGAUGCCAGAUAGAGCUUACAUAUUACUUCUGUAUAUCGCAUGAAACUAGUUUGUCCAUG